CACAUCCUCUCACCUCAUCCCACUGUUGAUAUGGUGAUCAAACUGUCAUUUCCUCGUGUCACUUGAAAGCUUCAGCUAUAGGGGUGAUAAGUAUCCCAGAAGGCACCACUGCACAAGCGAAGAAAUCAGAGUGCACCAGGAAGAGACAACGUGAUGAGCUCUGAACAGAAGUCACAAUGGAGAUGACUCUGCUGUCCAUCACAGUGUGGUUCACUCAGUUCCUCAUUGCCUCAGCUCUUUAUUUCAACACGCUGCCAGCAAACACCCAAAGCGACUACGCUAAAAUCACACAAAUAACUCCAGCAACAACAAAAACAAACCCAGAACCUGGGAUCUUUAUAAAUGCAACAUCUUCGUCACCUCUGACUGCAACAACACAGGAAAACAUAACAAAUUUACCCAGUGAAGUGCACACACUGCCAAAUAUAACCCCAAAUGUGACUCUCACACAGGAAACAGCAUCCCUAUAUCAAGACAACAGAACUAGUCCAUCUCAAAAUGACAUGAUGGAUGAUGGCGUGAGUAUUGCCAUGAGCCAUGCGAUUACAAGUCAUGCAACAGUUUCCCCUAGCUUUGCAAGACUGACGCCACAAAAGGACGACAGCAGUGAAACAGGAACAAUGUCAAGUAUGAGUUACAGUUAUGAAGGGCACACUGAUCAGACUGCAGACACCUUAUCAGACUCAGUCAACAGUGUCUCGACAGCUCCCUGGAGACAUUCGACAGAGAAAGAGGAUGAGAGAACGAAGGCCGAUGAAGGAAAUUAUGAAACGAACUCCACCCAGGCCACAUUUGCCAAUACGAACGAGGAGUUGAGAGAAACACGAGGCACUGCGGGAACUUACAAUUUCACAAGUGAACACCGAGAAGAACAACAUUACGACACAGCAGCGAACACAACUGAUGUAAGUGCUACAACAGCAACAGGGAGUAACCAAUGGGCAGUUUCACCAAACACAGAUGUUCCCACGACCACACCGGCUUACACAACAGCACAAGACCUGACGGUUACAGAUGUGCCUGAAUAUCACACCUCAACAGAUGAAGUAAAACACUCUACGACACCACAGAGUAUACACAGGUUCACAAACUCUACAGCACCCACAGGAAGAGAAAACAGGACAGGAACAGACACACCCGGUGGUACCACCACCACCACCACCAACAGCAACAUCUCUGUUAUAACGGAUGUCCUAACUGACUUCAGCCUAAAUGCCACCACCAACAGAACAAACAAAACUGACACAGAAAACAAAGCGUGGCCUGCAUGUUUGAACCCAAACCCAGAAUCUCAUUCUCGGCAAUCCAGGCUGGUCUGCUUCAUCACAUUGUGGGCUUUAGCAAUGAUUGCCACCAUAUUCCUGGGAAUCACCAUUUUCCUUUUGGUCCGUCUGUCUGUCUUCAAAAAAAAGAUGAAGCGGAGAGUGAAAGGAGGUCAGAAGUGUGAGAAGGAGAGCCUCUGGGCAGACCCCAAAGCUUCAGUGCAGGAGAGAGUGGAGUUCUGGUACAUCAAUGGAUCCACGCUGGAGGCCGAUAGGAAAGAGAAGGACAGAAGGAAAGAGAAGAGGAUGAAGGGAAGAGGACAGGAUCAGGAGAACGAGGAGAACGGGCUGUGGAUUCAGCCUAGGGUGACUGUCGAUGAUAUAACAGAGUUCUGGUACGCGAACAGACGCAUUAAGGAAGAGAGGAUGCAGGACUUGAAAGACGAUGAAAGAUGAAAGACACUAAAGGAAACGAUUUGACAGUUAGGCAUUCAGGCUUGUGCUGAAAACACAAGGGGAUUUUUAAUGGACCUUCCUACAUUAACCUUAAAUUGUUCGAGGCUGUGCACUGUAAAAAAUAAAUAAAUAAAUAAAAACAACAACAAAAAAGACAACCUCUAGGUUGAUUGGACUAUUGAAUAUAUAUCUGACGUUAAAAAAUCAAUGAAACAGCGAGCUUAUGCUGCCAUCACAUGCUAUCGGAAUUAUUAUAAAUAUGAGUUCCCUAGACAUAAACGGCCUUAUAAAAGUCAUAUUUACAAAUGGGAAACAGAGAUAAUUGUGAUACGCAGGUUUCUGAGUUGGGUGAGAGAACCAGUGAUAUAGCGACUGUUAAGUUUUUUUUAUUUUCCUCAAAAUAUUAAUAUUUCUUUACAUUGCCGUAAAACUCAAAAGUAUAUUUAUGGACAUAAAUAUAGAUAUUUUUUACAUUUUACACAGUGACAAUAGCCUUUUUUGUUUUACCUAAAUUUGAAUUCAACAAGAUGACUAUCUAGAUCACGGAAUAGGGAAUAUACAACAGUGCAACAAACGGGAUGCUAUAUUUAAUAAAAAAUCCAUUAGACAUUAACUAAAUAUUUUCUGUAAAAUUUGCCUCCAGAAAAGUUUCCCAAGAAACAGGUGAGAAUUAACCUACAAUUUUCCACAAUCUCUAUUCUUUUCAACAACAAAGCACGUUUCGUGAUAACUUCAUAAGAGGGAAGUUGGAAGUUUUACGAGAGCAAAUGAAGGCAGCAUUACCAAAUCAAGUUUGGUGAUGAGGGUCCACCCAACAGGCAGAUGAGCUCAGCUUAAUUACUGAUGAUGCAAUCAUUUGUAUUUUUAGUCAAAACAUGUGGACUUAUGAUGAUUAUUAAUAUUUUUUUGAAUUUAUUUUGUUGUUAAAGUUGUAUUAUGUUUCAACCAUUAUAGUUCCUUCCAUUUCACUGAGUAUGCAAACACACAGCCUGUUUUUGUAUGUAGAUAUAACUCUAAAUAACCUUUCAGUUUACUCAACAAAUGUAUACGCAAGUUAGACAAACUUAUGUUGGGUACACACCAAAAGAGUUUUUACAUCUUAUAAGAUUUUCCAAAUGUGAUAGACCACAAACAUGAAGAUUAAAAAAAAUCCUAGAUUUAACCGUUAAAGCUCCUAUAGUAUGUGGUGUGCCAUGAUGUGACAAAGACAGCACACCACACACAAACAGAUUUUCAACCAGAGUCUCGACUGUGACCACAGGAAAUCUUGCAAAAAUCUCGCGAGACUUUAGAAUGAAUUAUGUGUUUGGAAUGAUUUUGACAGAAUAUUCUUGGGGGAAAUAAAAGAAAAGGCUUUGGGUAAAGUCAUGGGUGGGGGGGAGGCACAUGGUCUGUACAAGUUACAGAGUGAGCUAGAGGUGAGCAAUGGUCACAAAAUCAUAUAUACUAUGUAAUAGCUGUUCUCAGUUCUCUCUUGGUAAAGAGAUCUUAUUCUCUUUGAAAUUGCCUUAUUAAAUAAACAUUAAAUAAUUAAUAUCAGAUCUUACAUCACUCUUUAAGAACGAUCAUCUCUCUUUCUGAUUGGAUAUUGUUUCGUUCCACGUGAUAAUCUCCACAGCGUGUGCAUGCGUUUGUCCUCGGGGUUCAAAAAUCAGCCAAAAAUCAGCCCGAUUAUCUUUGGGUGUGUACCCAGUAUAAGAAUGCUCUACAUCACUAUUUCGUAAUGAUAAUGGGAAUCUUAAAGGGGUCAUGUGAUGCUUUUUUUAAGAUCAUUAUUUUGUGUAUUUGGUGUAGCAGAAUAUGUUAACAUGAUUUAAUGUUCAAAAAACACGUUAUUUUUCAAAUACUGUACAUUAUUAUGGGUCCGAUCUAUACCUCUCUCAAUCAUUUUUUCUCAAUCAGUUUUCUACAAGCACAGUCUGCUCUGAUUGGCCAACUGACCCAGUGCAUUGUCAUUGGCCGAACACCGCAAGCACUCAUCGGAAAUGUAAUUCCCUUUUCCAUAAUUGUGAGCUUCAUCUCUCAAAAUAAAUGUAAAAACCGUUAAUAAUGUCCUUAGAUUUAUCAUCAGCUCAAGCUCAAAAGAGGAACAGAGUGGUGUGACACAGUGAAGCUCGUAUGUGUUUGUGGUACACAAGCCACGGACAGUUAAGAAAGCUGACUCCACUGUGUGACCCUCUCUCUCUCUCACACACACACACACACACACUGAGCGCAAAACUCCCAAUUUGAACAUUCAAUAGCAAAUACUUAAACUAAUAACAAAACAUACUUAAAGUAGCUGAAGCGCCAGACUGUUGUAGCAAAGUCAGAAUUACCUCCUCUCCUAGGUUCACGAAACGGUCGUCCAUAAAAUGUGUUGCUGUUCUGUUGUAAAUAAUCUUAAAGAUUCCUAAAUGCAUCUACUUUCAGAAAGCCAAAUUAAGUGCUUUCACCUUGAUACACUCAGUAUCUCCCUGACAUGGCUGCUUCAAGACUAACUGUGUUACUGGAAACAAGCCUUCUUUCUUUGCGUGAACAUUUGGGCGGCAUUAUGCAAAUCUUCCCACAUAGUGAUGUAGACAUGUGGGCGUGUGUAAAUGAGCUGUUUUAGGGGGGCGUGGUAGAGUUUUAACUUUGAUAAAGAAUAUCUCUUUGGAUUUGAGACUUUAGUCUUUGCAACUUCAGGGAUCUGAUUUAUGCACAAACAGCUUGUAACACUCCAAAGAGAAAUGAAAACUUGAAGUCGCAUCAUAUGAUCUCUUUAAUUGAAAAUAUAGAGUUAAAGGACUUAUUGUUAUAGGCCAAUUUAACAAAAGCACAGUCUAAUUAGUUUAGGUUAAUACAUAUUUUUUCCAUAAGUAUAUUUAAAAAAGUCCUAAAGCUGGUUGCCUCAAGUUUUCCACUUUUGCAUUUAAUGGAUCAAUCAGUGUCAAUCAGUAAAAUAACUCUUCCCAGACAUCAGACAAGAAGACUGAUGUGACUCCAGAAUGAUAAACUUCUCUUACUUGGAAAAGUGAAGGCCAGUCCACACCAACCACAUACAUUUUUUUCACCCUGUUGAAAUAUUCAGAACUUUUUAGGUUAUUUUUCAAAAAUUUCCAAUCACUGAACAAAAUAAAUAAAAAUGCACAUAUUUUUGAGUUACCAUGAAAUUAAUUAUAAUAUGCAUUUUUUUAUAUGCAAUUUAUUUUGAUAUGCUUUGAGCAAAGAGUAUUGAAUGAAUUACCAUAAUUUUUCAGUCCAUGUAUAGGCACACAAUGACAGCUUGUGUUUCCACCAUCACUUGGUCAGGACUUGUAGUAACUUGCCCAAGAAAAAAUCUAGGAGCAGGAAUCUUUGAUAACACAUUGUCUUAGGAAAUCUUACAGUGCUGUCUUGCACUUGUGAAGAUUAUCACGUGAAAUAAACUGAAGCAAAAUAAAAUAUUGAUUCUGAGAUGGUGUGAAUCAAUCAUUUUGAAGAUUUACUACAGAUGAUGCUGGUUUCUGUUGUGUUUUAGUGGUGCAAAAAAAGAAAAAGAGUGAGAGAUAACGUCAUGAAAAGGUGCCAAUGUUCAGAAAGAGGAAAUGAUAGUAAUAAGUGUUGUUUUCUGCUGAAUUUAAACAUUAACAGAAAUAAAAAAAACUGCUUUUUUAAUGUCUAGAUAUCAUGCUCGUGUUAAAAUCCCCAAAUAAACAUGUUUGAAGCUACCUGAUAGAUGCAAUAGGUAAAGUUACCAAAUCCUGUUUUCAUUUUAGAUAUGUUAUCAUUUAGAUUGUGAAACGUGAAAAAGGACAUGACAAACAUCUCCGAACUGUUUAAGCAAACUAAUUUAGACACACAUUUUCACACCUCUGUCGUAUUACCCUCCACCCAACAAAAACAUACUCAUACACGUGCACGUACACAUUCAACACAUACACAUGCAAGUACACAGGACUUUAAUGGCAAAGUUGUGCAGACAAAGCCACAAAAGUGUCAACACACCCUGCACAGAGCUUCCCAUUAGAACCUGCCUUCUCUUUUUCUGCCUCAGAUAAUAAUUCAUACUACAACCAAGCACUUUCUGGGAGGUUUUUAUUUUUAAUCUUUCGGCUGCAGCCUCACUCGGCCAGAUGCAAGUAGUGAUAUGACAUCUUCAGAGGGAGGAGAAAUGAAAGAGAGCAUGUAGGAGUUAGAGAGGAAGAGAAAUUAACAGGAUAUAGGUGUGCUCUGCAUGUGUGAGUGUGUAGAUUUUCACAUGUGCAGUUUGGUCUUGCUGGUUGGAGUACGCUGUGACUAUUCUCAGAGGCAUGAAGAUUAUUUCAACGCUGAAAUUGCCCAUGCUACACUGAGAGAGACAGAGAAGGCGAAAGAGGAAGGAACAGGCCUGUGUAAAACUUUCCGGCCCAGAUUCACGCAAGAUAACCUCCGUAGAACACAACCACACAAAGAACACGUCAAAAAAGAUGAAUUUCUUCAGUCAGCUGCUCAGAGUUUAAAGUUUCCUUCAUUUUUGAUCACGCUCAUGGUUGAAUCUCCAAAGACAAUAUCAGCUCACCUGAGAAAUUUUGUUGCACUAACCCUGAAAUUGUUACAGGAAACUUCUAGAUCGAGUGACUUUUUCAGCCAGUAUGCUCACCAUGAGGCUUACUUUUAGCUAUUUGCUUCUGUUCCUUGCUCUCGGACCCUGUUUCAAGUCCACCGAUGCACAAGAGACAACGACAAACACAGAUGCAAUCCUCCCCACAUCACAGAACAAUUUCACUAUGGAGACAACUUUAGGUCCUGAAAUCACCACACCUGAAAAUACAAUUACUCUAGCACAGACAGAAGCGGAUCCGGAUAAUCCAGAAACCACACUUGUUAAUCAAGUAAGCACCAUGCAGGAACCAACAUCUGAGAGUCCUCAACCGCUCAGUGCUGAGAUCGAACAAACAUCACAAAUAUCUGAUCCUGAAACUACAACUGUACAAACAGAGCAGACCACAGUGUCCACCCCUAUUGCGUAUGUUAAUGUGGGAACAACAGCGACUGAACGAAUAACUUCAGAUGCCCCAAGCACAAGUCAUUAUGAAACAACAUUUGAGUUAACCAUCUCAACAGAACGUCCUACAGAUGAAAUCACCACAGCAACUUUGGCCAUGACCACUGAGUCAACAGAAGCCCUCAAUCCCACAUUCAUCCUCGCCGAAUCAACUGCUGAGCCUCCGUCCAUCAUCUCCAGCCCUGCAGACACCAGCACUACCAGUCUAACACCAACUUCUCAGCUCCCUCAAAAUACUGCUGCACCCAUGCACCCGCUCACGACUCUUGAUGAAGAAUCAGUCUCCACCUCCAUCAUGCCCGCAGCAGACGACAGUAGAGGCUCUCCCAUAGAAACCAACUGGAUAUUAAUAAUCAUAGUGUGUGUGGCCGUCAUUUUUGCGCUGUGUGUGGGCAUGAUUCUGUUCGUCCAUAGGCGAAAGAAAAAUGCCUCAAGGAACUUUCGACCCCAAAGUAAAUGGUCCAAGAAGAAAAAAGGGGGGGAGAAUGACGCAUGGGCGGGGCCUGUCAAUCUGGAGGCGGGAGCUGAAAAUGAUGCUGAGGUACAGGAGGGUCUUCUUCCUAAUAAUGGGAAAUUGGAUGGAGAUGAUAUGGUGCUCAGCACAUUCACCGCCCCGGAUGGAGGAGACGUGGCUAAUGGUGGAGUGGGUGGGGACGGUACCAAAGAGGCUAAGAAAUGGGAAGAACAGGAGCCUUUUAAAUUCAUAGAUGAGGAUGUGAAUGAAGACAAGACAACACCGGCAGAGAAUGAGAAACAGAAAGGAGAUGAAAAAAGUGAAGAGAAGGGGAUGAAUGGAGGAGAAACAUUCUGUCUCACCACUGCUGUUUAAACGUCUUCUGUUGACUAAAUGAACAUUAGGGGUUAAAGGGAUUUAGUUUUUAUAUAUUAUCUGAUGAUCGCAAUUCAUUAUCAGCAAAGGUGCAAUGUAUUAUGAUGCUCUAAAAAACCUACUUAUUUAAAAGUGCGGUAAUAUUAGUCAAAUUUCCGCAAAAUUUGGCCAGCAAAAUAUCUGUUGCCUAGUGUCAAUACUGUACUGUAGUUGUGUGAAGCACAACUUCUAUACACAGUUUGAACAGGAAGAUUGUGUUCAGUUUUAUCUCUCUCUUCCAUUUUGUAUCUUUGGGUUCGCAUAAGAGCCACUUCAUCCGGGACUUUGUCUCUUUCAUUCCAACAUAAGAAAACAUUUCUGCAUCUGAAAUGGCAUUUAGAUUCAUUUACACAGGCAGUUUAACGCAGCUUAGAGGGGACGCAUUUAAUAGCAGUUACAAGUGCAUAAAUAAUGUUUUGUUUUCAAUGUAAAACGUUGAAUAUUGAUAUUUGAAAAGAUUUAAACCAAGAAAAUAUAGUCUAUUUGAAAUGUGAAAUGAAGUGACUGUUAAUGAGCGAGUCAUAGAGAUUAAGUCGUUCAUUUAAAAGCUUGAUUCUUUCAACAAGCCUGCACAUUUCAAUUAGGAGCUAUAGCUAAUGGAGUACAAGUGAAAGUUGGCAGAAAUAUUCAAACUCCGUUUCUAUUAAAUAUUAAAGUACAGGUUCUCAUAAAAAAUACUUAAGUACUCUAAUGUUACUUCGUUACAUUACACCACUGUGACUAAUUGAACACAUUGCAAAAUUGCUGUGGGUAACUCUUUCACCCACGCAAAUUUGCAGAUUACAUGCUAUCGAAAUUACUGGAUUUCAUCAGCAAAAACUUACUUUACCGUACUUUAAGUAAUGGUUGAAUUAAUUAAACUUAAUCAUGUAUCCAUUUCAAAUGUUUGCCAGUGAUGUAGAUUUAAAAAGCAACAGUCUGGAUCUUUAGAUAUAUGUGUUUUUGUUUGUUUUGAUGUUGGAUAGUGCACUAAAAUUCACUGAUUAUGGCAUACAAUGUUGAUGUUUAAAAAACCAGUUAAACUUUAGAACUUACAUUCUGAGAAUGAAGCUUUUUUUUCUCUUCCUGUAAGUAUAGAGAUUUAUGGCAUAGCAUAUUAAUCAAUGAUGGCAAAAUAUGCAAUAAAAUGUUUAUAUUUUUAAAUACAAACCGUUUCCAUAGUCUUUUAAAAAUAUCAUCUUUGCUGAUUGUGCAGGAAAACUGUGAAAGUCUGUGGUAAAUGUCUUAGAUUUCUACACUGUUAGUAGUAUAACAUUACAAAAUAUAUCAUAUAACAUUAUCAAAUUAACAAAUUAAAAUUAAAACAAAUAAGCAUACAUGCAAGAGGCAGGGGAUGUGUAGAACUUUGAAUGAAAAGUGUUAGUAUUCUGUGUAAUUCUGCAGAAAGGAAAUAAUAACUAAGGCAAAAAUCAGCACCAAAAAGCUGUGGCACUUUUAAAAGGCAUGUACUUUGACUCUAACACAUCAAGAGAUUCAAGGACGAUUGCAAACAAAAUAUUGCACUGGAUUUAGUGUGGCAAUAGAUCCACACCUAGAAAAAUCAGCAGAAAGCAGCCCUAAUCCUGGAAAGGAAGGGCGUGACAAACUGAAAGUAGAGCUGUGUAAAUGUCACUGAUGGCUACAGGAAGAGUGCAAAGGUGGGGUAAUUUUAUCAGAAGAAAAAUAAUUUAAAAGAUAUCAGACUCAAUGUAUUUCCUUAAACAUUCAACAGAAUUAAUUAUUUCUGACAUAGUGGCACAUAGUGUGAGAUUCCAGACAUGGAGACAUUGUUAGCUAUUGUUUAAAAACUCAUGAACAGCAAAAAUAUCCAUUCCCUCACGCAACAGGUUACAUUUCACCUUCUUGAAAUGAUGUAAAAAGGUAUAUUCCACUGAAUGAAAUAUUCAAAUGACCACCAGAUGGCGCUCAUGACAAGAUUCAUUAAAAAUUCUCAAUGCAAAUUUCACUUAAUUUUAAUCUCAUUGCUGCCUAAAAGAAACGAUUGCGGGGGGUGUAACUUGACUGUGAUUGAUAUUGAUUGAUAUUUACACGAAAUGAAAAUAAAAUAAUGCAAGAAUUCA